GGCGAGGCGAGACUCGAAGCAAUUUCCAGGGCAGCGGACGCCCGUGUACAAAUGUAUGUGUGCGUCGCCGUGCGCCGCGGGGUCAUCGCAGUUAUCGCGCGCGCGCGCGCGACCAACUCUCCCGUUGAACGUAAAUACGUCAUGCGCAGAUACAGGCCCGGCUAACUCUGGAGCAUCGGCCGACGUUUGUUGUACACAUAUACGCUUUCUCGAAAUUCCCGCUCGCGCGCGCGCGCGCGGCGUCCGGCGUCGGAGCCAAGCCGAGGUGUGUACGUAGCGUUAGUGCCGCGAUGAAACCGACCAGAUAAGCGGACGGGAACGAUGCUGCUGUUGCUGCUCCGCGGCCUCCGGAGUGAGAAGAUGGACGCGCGGAGAUUACGUUUAUCGCUCUGCGCAAAAGUCCGCGGCUAAGUGAGCUCGAGGCUCGGCGAAACGGAAAACAGCGACCAAGCGUCGGACGUUCCCGGGGCCAGCUGCUCGAGUUUGCCUGGUGUCGACCAAGUGCGAGUUAAAAACUCGACGGUAUGUUUUCCCUCCGGGACUCCUCCAGCGCCAACUCAUCGGGAAUAGACGAGGACUCUUUUGGCUGGUGGAUUGGCGCUGAAUCACAAUGCGAAAGAAGCGAAGCAACGACGAAGGAUGUGGAACGUCCACGAGCAGACUCGUUCGUCAACUCAGAUGCCGACGAGAUCUGCACAUGCUCGGAUGACUAUCUGCUCACCUGGCAGAAUGACGAGGAGCAGCUCGUAGCCGCCGCUGCUGCUGCUGCCGAAAGCGACGAAGCUGAACACAUUGAACUUUGUUCUUUUGACGGUGUCGGGCGAUCGCCUCGACUUCUCACGGAUUGGCAAAGGCAAGCCGUGUGUUACACUCCGGAGCGCCUUGUCCGCGAUGACAAUUAUAAAAUACUCACGCCAUCUGCGCGAUGCUUUCAACCUUGUUACGUGAACUUUCGUGGCGAAGAGGUAGAGCUCGAGCAGAGGAAUCGUGAUAAGGACAUCAGUGAUGGAAAGAUCGGUGCCGCUCAACUUGUCUUGCUACUUGAAAGUCUCCAACAAGGAAGCUUCUCAUCCUCGCAAUCGGGUAAUAGAUGUUGCCGUUGCGUGAGGUAUGGAGACGGCCAAGUGCUGCUACACAAUGAACGAUGCUCGAGGGAUGAGUCGGCAGCAGAAAAGUCGUCGUACAUGAUUCGUGUGCAUACAAAUGCAAAAAUGCCGUUCAGCUCAGAGUACGGCUCGUACGACGAAGAUCACAUGCCUCCAGAUAACAACUGUCAUGGAAAAGAAUCGUCGGAACUCUGCGAAGACAGCAGCGGCGUAUCGUCGGUUGAUACAAUUACUGCGUUGCACACCGACGACUGGAGUUGCGCCAAUGGAAAAACAGCCGACGUAGUCGACGAUCUUUCGACGAGACUACAGCCUAGGAGACUCUCCGACGAGUGGGCGUAUACGUCUUUCGAGUACGCUCUCGUUUCGCCUGACAGACCGGACAGCGAAAUCUCAAGCGAAAUGGUGGCGCUUCUAGCGGAUCUCGACACCGAACGUGCGCAAGCUCUGCUUUCAAUGACAGACGAGGAUCGGUUUCAGGGUGCAACACACUCGGGUCAUGACUGCUUUGCGCGUCUCGCUCUGGCGAUUGAGCCCGACGGCCGACUAGUGUGGAGGCCACGCGCAAGCCAACCUCGAAUCCCUCACAGUGAUCCUGGGCCCGAACUUGAGCAAUUGCGAGACAAAAUUGACAGAUUGCAUGGCUCCAGCAGGCAGUUGCUCGAGGAAAUGUCCUCGCUUCGAAAAGAUUUUGCGGUUGAUGAAUGGAAAAUAAAUGGUUUGUCAGAUGAUGUAAGAAAACUUCGGAAUGAAGUGUGUGAAUUGAGGUACCUAGAUGAUCUCUUGAAGCUCUUAAGAGGUGAAUUGGACAGGACCUCCAAGAGAAAUUGGCCAUUUGCUAUUGGCAAUCCAAAGUACGGCAGGGAAGAAAUAAAUCUUGUUGUCUAACUUCCAAAGUAAA